UGUCCGUUUCAGCAUCUAAUAUGUUGUUUACGUGUUGGGAAUGAAAUGACUGCGUUCUGUUUUAAUUUUUACAGCAUCCCAACCUUUAGGGAAUUGAGAUUGUACGAUAAUAUCAGUUAUGUUAUAUACUGAAUUUUAUACACUGAGGAUGUUCCACCACAGCUUGUGAAUAAGGACUACCGGAAAGCUCAGUUCCUAUAGGAAAUUCCAGUGACAAAUAAUUGGGAGUUUGAAGUCCCCAACAUGCCAACCAGCCAUGUGACUGUGACAACAAGCAACCAACAUCUCAGCAGACAACACAACCAGCAGGAUGGACUUCAGCGGCACCUGGAAAGUUUAUUCUGAGGAGAACCUUAAUGAGUUUCUCAAAGCUGUUGUUUCAAUACACCUUAAAGGUGUGCCUGAGAUGGUUGCCAGAAUGCGUCAGGGUGUCAAGCCGGUGAUAGUGAUCAAACAAAACGGCAAAGACUUCACCUACACAAUGAAGACUCCAGUCUUCACCAGAGAGAACACCUUUACAAUUGGGAAGGAGUCGGAAAUUCUUUCUGCGGAUGGCAGGAAAAUAAAGUGCAUUGUCAGAGAACAGAAUGGGAAGUUGGUUUUUGAGACAGACAAGUUCAUUUCUAUCAAAGAAAUACAAGGGGAGGAACUGGUUGAGACUUCCACAGCUGGUUCUGUAUCCUUCAUCAGCAGAAGCAAACGAGCCUGUUAGGCACCUGAGAG